AGUUCCGGUACUUCCUGCCGGCUCGGCCCGACCUCGGCGCGCGCCUGACCCCCGUGACCCCAGUCUGACCCGGAGGCCGGAGAGGAACCGGCACGCCAGGGCAGCGCUGGCUGGCGCGAUGCACCUGGUCUGGUGUCUGGCCUCCCGCCGGCAGGCCCUUUGGAGACACAGAGCACGUGGCCUCCUGCACACGGCCCCCGCCGCCCCCCUGGAUGGGGCUGCCCCAGUGUUUGUGCGAGCCCCGGCAUUUGGGGACAGAAUUGCCCUGGUUGACCAACAUGGCUGCCACACCUACAGGGAUCUCUAUGCCCGCAGCCUCCGCCUGUCCCGGGAGAUCUGUAAACUCCGGGGCUGCGUGGACGGGGACCUCCGGGAGGAGAGGGUCUCCUUCCUGUGCUCCAACGACGUCUCUUACGUGGUUGCCCAGUGGGCUGCGUGGAUGAGUGGCGGCAUUGCUGUCCCUCUCUACCGGAAGCACCCGGAGGCCCAGCUGGAGUACUUCAUCCGGGACUCGAGGAGCUCCUUGGUGGUGGCCGGCCAGGAGUACGAGGAGCUGCUGGGCCCGGUGGUCAGCAGGCUGCGGGUCCCUCUCCUGCCUCUCACUCCCGCCGUCUACCACGAGGCCGCAGAGGGGACCACAGAGGCACAGGUGCCAGACCGGGUGUGGCGAGACCGUGGAGCCAUGAUCUUCUACACCAGCGGGACCACGGGGAGCCCCAAAGGGGCCCUGAGCACCCACCGCAACCUUGCAGCUGUGGUGACUGGGCUGGUCCACGCCUGGGCCUGGACGAGAGAUGAUGUGAUCCUCCAUGUCCUCCCACUGCACCAUGUCCACGGCGUGGUCAACAAGCUGCUCUGCCCGCUCUGGGUGGGAGCCACCUGUGUGAUGCUGCCCGAGUUCAGUGCCCAGCAGGUCUGGGAAAAGUUCUUAAGUUCUGAGACUCCACGGAUUAACAUGUUUAUGGCCGUGCCCACGAUAUACAGCAAACUGAUAGAGUACUACAACAGACAUUUCACCCAGCCUCACGUCCAGGACUUUGUGCGUGCAGUUUGUGAAGAAAAAAUUAGGCUAAUGGUGUCAGGCUCGGCAGCCCUGCCCAUCCCGGUGCUGGAGAGGUGGAAGAGCGCCACGGGCCACACGCUGCUGGAGCGCUACGGCAUGACGGAGAUCGGCAUGGCCCUGUCCAACCCGCUGGCCGCAGCUCGCCUGCCAGGCUCCGUGGGGACCCCGCUACCCGGAGUGGAAGUACGUAUUGUCUCCGAGAGCCCACAGAAGGAGGGCUGCCCCUAUGCUGUCCACGCGGAGGGAAACGAGCGGGGGACAAAGGUGACCCCAGGAUUCGAAGAGAAGGAAGGGGAGCUGCUGGUCAGGGGUCCCUCUGUGUUUCGAGAAUAUUGGGAUAAACCAGAAGAAACUAAGAAGGCGUUCACCCCGGAUGGCUGGUUUAGAACAGGGGACACCGCUGUGUUCAAGGAUGGCAAGUACUGGAUUCGAGGCCGGACAUCAGUGGACAUCAUCAAGACCGGAGGCUAUAAAGUCAGCGCCCUAGAGAUCGAGCGUCACCUGCUGACCCACCCCAGCAUCACCGAUGUGGCUGUGAUCGGAGUUCCAGACCUGACAUGGGGCCAGCGAGUCACAGCUGUGGUGUCCCUUCAAAAAGGACACUCCCUGUCCCACAGAGACCUCAAGGCGUGGGCCAGAGACCUCCUAGUGCCCUACGCUGUGCCUUCCGAGCUCCUGCUGGUGGAGGCAAUCCCAAGGAACCAGAUGGGCAAGGUCAACAAGAAGGACCUGGUCCGGCAGUUCUACUCGUGACUGCCACCGGAGGGCCAGCCAGGCCGAGCCUGGGCAGCAGGCUCCCCUCAGGAGCACCGCACGCGCCAUGGCAGGCUGAGACCUUCCCAUGGAGACCCAGACCAGACAGCGUCCAGAACUUCCCGGAGGACCGUUGCCGCUCGGUGGGCCCAGAUCCCGUCCCAGCCAGGGGUCCCAGCCCCAUGACCCCGGCUCCUGCCCGGGCCUGGUGAGGGUGCCCCACCCAAGGCUGGUCCCAAAGUAGUCGCUGAGACGAGAUGAAAUAAAGGUGGGAGAAGACGA